AUGGCAGGAGAACUUCGUUUUGAUGGCCGUACUGUUGUGGUUACUGGUGCCGGUGGCGGUCUUGGCCGUGCAUAUGCCAUUGCCUUUGCCCAGCGGGGAGCUAAUGUAGUUGUCAAUGACCUCGGAGUCUCCCGUGCAGGCGAUGGUUCAUCGUCUGCAGCGGCUGACAAAGUUGUCGACGAAAUUAAAAGCUUUGGAGGAAAAGCUGUCGCUAAUUACAAUUCGGUUGAAGAUGGAGACAAGAUCGUCGAGACUGCCGUCAAGGCUUUUGGACGAAUCGAUAUCAUUAUAAACAAUGCAGGCAUUCUUCGAGACCGAUCAUUCGCCAGAAUGACUGAUCAGGAUUGGGAUUUGCUCAUGACGGUCCACGUACGUGGAUCAUACAAAGUCACAAAGGCCGCAUGGCCAUUCUUUAAAAAGCAGAAGUUUGGUAGAAUCAUAAACACUGCUUCGGCAGCUGGAAUCUAUGGCAACUAUGGGCAAGCCAAUUACAGUGCUGCAAAACUUGCCUUGGUUUCAUUUACGCGAACCUUGGCCAUCGAAGGAGCAAGCGCCAACAUUCAUUCAAACGUGAUUGCACCAAUCGCCGCAUCACGUAUGACCGAAACCGUCAUGCCACCCGACGUUCUCGAGGCAUUGAAACCCGAAUUCAUAUCACCUCUCGUACUUUACCUAUGUCACGAAUCCACUCAAGAAAACGGGUCGCUCUUUGAACUCGGUGCGGGAUUUGUGGCAAAACUGCGCUGGGAACGAUCGAAAGGCGCCAUAUUCAAGGCCGACGAAUCCUUCACACCGGGCGCUAUCGCGGCUAAAUGGGAACAAGUCACGAAUUUCGAGAAUCCAGACUAUCCCAACAAGACGACAGAUCUCAAUCUCAUCGAGUUGUAUGAACAGGCCAAGAACCUUGCGUCAAACCCGAAAGGUGAUGACUUGAAAUUUGAGGGGAAGGUGGUGGUGAUCACUGGCGCCGGUGGUGGGUUGGGUAGAGCGUACGCUUUGAUGUUUGGCAGGCUCGGAGCUUCGGUGGUGGUGAACGAUCUUGGCACGUUGACUAACAGUCAGGGAAAGUCUGUCAAGGCUGCUGAUGCGGUCGUAGAGGAAGUUAUUGCGGUUGGUGGCAAGGCGGUUGCUAAUUACGAUUCAGUCGAAGACGGUGACAAAGUUAUUGACACGGCGAUUAAGGCGUUCGGGCGCAUAGAUAUACUUAUAAACAACGCUGGCAUUCUGAGAGAUAAAUCGUUCAUAAAGAUGACUGAUCAAGAAUGGGAUCUGGUUCAGAGAAUACAUUUACGAGGAACGUACAAGGCAACCAAGGCCGCGUGGCCGUACUUUUUAAAACAAAAGUAUGGUCGCGUGGUUAAUACGACUUCGUCUGUUGGACUUUACGGUAACUUUGGGCAAGCUAAUUAUAGUACAGCGAAACUCGGUAUACUCGGCCUUAGCAACACACUCGCUCUCGAAGGUGCCAAGUACAACAUCCUGGUUAACACAAUUGCGCCCACCGCCGGUACGGCCAUGACCGCAACAAUUUGGCCACAAGAAUUAGUCGACACGUUCAAGCCCGAUUUCGUUGCUCCGUUUGUCGGGUUUCUUUCGCAUGAUAAUUGCCCAGUUUCCGGUAGAGUCUUUGAAGUAGGUGGCGCUUGGGCUGCUCAGGUCCGUUGGCAACGUGCUGGCGGUGUUGGUUUCCCUACUUCCAAACCGCUCAGGCCGGAAGAUAUCGCAGCCAAGUGGGACAAGAUUACCGAUUUCGAUGAUGGUCGUGCCACGCAUCCUACAACCACCCAAGAAGCACUGCAACAGUUCUUUGAAAACUUUGCCAAUACCAAGUCGUCCGACGAAGAGGUUUCGGCUUCUGGGGCUGGAAAGAUUAAUGUUGAAAAGGCCAAGGAGAUGAAAUUCCCACCAUUAGAGCAUACGUAUACGGCCAGGGAUGCUAUUAUCUAUGCCUUGGGUCUCGGUGCGACCAGAAACGAUUUGCAAUGGGUUUAUGAAAACAGUGAAAAUUUCUCGGUUAUACCGACAUAUGGUGUUGUUCCCGGUCUUGCUACCGUAUUCUCCAUGAAGUUGGAGGAUGCAGUAGGUGAAUUCAAUCCGAUGAUGCUUCUACAUGGAGAACAAUAUCUCGAAAUUAAGAGUACCAUACCCACUUCUGGCAAACUAAUUUCUACGCCUUACAUAGUUGACAUUCUUGACAAGGGCAAAGGUGCCUCGCUCGUAAUUGGUGUAACUACAACAGACGAUAAAGGCACAGAAAUCUUUAAAAACGAAAUCACGCUUUACAUUCGUGGCAUCGGAGGCUUUGGAGGAAAAAAGACGGGAACCGACCGGGGGGCAGCGACUGCUGCAAACGCUCCACCAAAACGAGCACCCGACGCAACAAUUCGAGAAAAGACUUUUGAAGGCCAGGCUGCCUUGUACCGUAUGAGCGGAGAUUUUAAUCCAUUGCACAUUGAUCCAAACAUGUCCGCCAUGGGAGGUUUCGAUGUUCCCAUCUUGCAUGGGCUGUGCUCGUUUGGUAUUUCGGGCAAGCAUAUUUUGACCACGUUCGCCAAUAACGAUUCUAGUAAAUUCGAGAACAUCAAGGCGAGAUUCUCGGCACCUGUCUACCCGGGAGAAACGUUGGAGACUCAAUGCUGGAAAGAGGGUAAUAAAAUCAUUUUCGAGACCAAGGUUGUUGAACGUGGCGUGACCUGUAUCAGUGGCGGAGCUGUCGAAUUAAAGGGAGAUGCCAGUUCUGCUGCUGGUGACAGUAAGCCCGCUGGUUCUAAUGCAGGUGUGGCUGUACCUGGGUUCAAGUCGUCGGCUAUAUUUGAGGCGCUUAAGGCGUCUAUUGAUUCGGCAAGUCCUGCUCAGAAGCAAGCUCAGGCUAAAAAAGUCAAGGGUAUAUUCCAAGUUGAAAUCAAAGGCGAUGGUGGCAAGUCUGCUACUUGGUACAUUGAUCUCAAAGAGAAUCCUGGCGUCGGGGUUGGGCCAAGUCCCAAAAAGCCAGACGCGUCCAUCACCAUUUCAGAUGCCGACUUUACAGAUCUAGCAACCGGCAAGGCCAAUUCACAAAAAUUAUUCAUGGCUGGUAAACUCAAGAUUCGCGGUAAUAUGAUGCUCGCCACUAAACUCGGUGAUGUUGUCGGUACCAAGUCCAAGAUGUGA